AUGUAUUCGCUGUGUCGGUCGAGGGGAAGGAGCUCACGAGACCUGGAUGACACCUUCCACCAAGUUUACCUGCCGCUUCUGAAAAUGACAUUGGUACUGGCUUGAACUGAAACAGAGAGCAAUGCAUUCUUUCAUUCCAGAACUUUUCGAUAAUCAAAUACAUUGUGUUGGUGGUCUACUGCAUCCGUUCCAUGCAGGAACACCUCGCCAUUCCCACCUAUUGCAAUGACCCGAAAGCGAGAAUCUCGUGCAGUUCUUCCACGUGCUACUGGCUCCACAAGAUCGUGAUGAAUCUGCCGAAGUUCAUGAUCAACGCCUCCUUGUUCGUCGAGCAGUGCGCCUAUCUCCUCGUCUUUUUCUUCAUCAGCUGCUCUCUUUUCCUUUAUGCCGUAUUCCUGAUGAAGCGCGAAUCGGAUCUUCGGAUGCGCUACCGGGCGAUUCUCACUCUCCCCAGUCUGUUCUUCGAGGUUCACUUACCCAUCGCACUAUUCCCCCAACAUUCCUCGUUUCAGCUCGGUCUCUGUUUCUUCUCGUAUUACUCGGUCAUCACCUCAAUCUUCGAGUACUCGCGAACCGCUUCCACUAAUCCGGACUUCUUCUCGUCGGCCUUUGUCAUCUUUGCUUUCAUAAUUUCCAUCUUCUACGCUCUCUUGGUAUGCUGCUACUUCCCCAACUUUCACAUUCCAUUCGUUUGCAGCUUGUGGCGCACGUUGUCACUUUGUACUAUAUCAUGAUCUUUCCGAUCACUCCUUUGACGAUCUACGCCGUUUCGAAUGCCAAUUACUCGGCAAUGAAGUACAGCCAUCGCAGCGCCAGAAGUCUGAACUACGAUGUGAGUGACUGAAAAUGAACAGGCCGAAAUGAGGGCUUUUGAAAGUACUUGCAGACGAUUCCUUCGGUUCCGACUAUAAACGAGACGUACGGAGUGCCGGUGAACAACUGGCAGGCUGCCAGCGACACGCGUGGCACCGUGAGCUCGUAUUCACAGAUCCGCAGCUGGAACAACACCGUCCGAUCAACAGUUAGCCAGCUCUUUUGCAUACUUUCUGAUUUCAUUCUCAUUUCUAUAGAACACAUUGCGAACUCGAGAGAUUGCACGCAACGACGAAAACGACUAUCUGGAGUUGAUCUGA